UACAUAAAUGUGAAAUAAAGCCGAGAAAACUGGGAGAAUGAGAGUGCUGCAUAAAACAAGACCAAUUUGGAAUGUUGUGAUUCAUUCAGAGUUUUUAGUAGAGACCAAGUUCUAGGUCUGUAGGUCGGUCAGUUGUUCUUCUUCUCUGUUCUUAGUUUGAAAUUGUUUUCAAGUUGGACCAGAGUUUUGACCACAUACAUACUCGCUCACUCCCGCAGAAACAGAACGACUGCCGCAGCGAAGAAAUGCGAAUUUCAAAUUUAUUGGGCCACGAGUCGCGUCGAGUUAGAGAUUGUUCUCUCACAUUUCGCUACAUACUGGAUGAACAAGAAGAACAAGAGGGGAAGGAAUUUUUAGAUGAAAUCUUGAAGCGUUGAAUGGACUUUUACCUAAUUUCUGAGAGCGUUGCAGAAAGUCCGUGGGGAUUUGAGAUUCUCGAAAAGACGUAAAGAGCCACAUCACCAGCAGGGAAAAGGUAAGCAAAAAGUUGGGUCUGAGGUAGGUAACCUACUGAUCUGAAAAGGGGACAGCGGCCGCAGCAGAACCUUAUACUGGAUGGAUAGCUGUUGGCCUAUUAUUUCGCCUACACGAGGGAAUGGAUGAGAAAUUCUCGUCGUACAUUGCAAAACAUUUGUUUUCAAGUUUGCCCACUUGUACAUAUAUACAUUCUAAACAUUCCGUUAUACAUUUGGCCACACACCAGAAAACCAGUUGAAUAACGCAGCCAGCAAGCAGAAGAAUUGGUGAAAGUAAAGAAAACAAGGACGCAACGCAACGCAGGCUAUUUUCAGAAUUCUUCUCUUUCAGUAUUAAUUUCUUUAGCUGCACACACACACCAACUCGUGUUUCUUCCUGGUCAAGUCCGAUAUUUAACAAAUAUAUAACGACAUAAGUUGUACUUGCGGUUUAUCCUUGUCUAGCUUUUUGGCGAUAUAAAUACGUACGUAGCUACACCACCGUGCAGAUUAUCCGGGUAAUCUUCUCCAGUAAUUAUGGAACAAUCCACAGGCCCAUUAUUCUACAUAAACCUCGUUCAUUCCACUACGUAGCCUGGUACGCAUCGCAAAAAUAAGAAAUCCACAAAACAGCGAAACAGUGGGAGAAAGUGGACGGACGGAGAGGAUUCCUUUUGGGGAGAAGAAAAGGAGGCAUGAUUCUGAUGCUGACUGAUGGUAAGGAGGAAAGCGGAGAUGGAAUACGGUACAAGAAGGGAAUUUGAUCUCUCACGAUGUGUCAGUCUGCCUUCGACUUCGACCCAGGAGAGUCAGUCGUCGGGUUGUUCUGCUGGCUGGAUAAGUUUUCGGGUCGGUUUUGGUGGACAAGAGGGAAAUCAUAUAGCAUCAGUUGUGUAGCGUUUACCCCAAAGAGACAACUUUCCAGGCAUUUAGUGUCAGUCACACACACACAACACACAAAUGUAUCGGUGGCAGAAAUGAAAGUGGAGAGAGAAAUUGAUUAAUACUUUCACCAAAGUUUGACAACUCGUUCAUUCAUUCAUUCAUUCUGGGAGAGGGGAUGUGGUGGUGGUGAUGGUCGUGGGUGCGUGGUCGUGGGUGUGAGAAGGACAGUGCAACAAAUUAUUUUGGCUUCUCAAGUUUGUCUCAUCUAAAACCUGUGGCUGGAAUUGUUUCAAUAAGUAAUAAGCUUUCAAACAAGGAAAGAAAGUGGAGACAGGGAUAAAUAUUCGGUUAUUUGAGAGUAAGUGGGGAAAGUGAGAAUUCUGGUUUAUUCGUGGUGAUGUGAAUCUUGUGGAGAAAUAAGCAAAACCGUUUGAUAUACGUAUUGGAAAAUUGACAAUUUUUGUGAUAAUUACAAAUCAUGAACCUGUUAACGCGUUGGGCUUCCUGCGGACCUCGAACGAUCCUUCACCUUCUCAGUAUUAGCAGUUUUUUCCUCAAAAUUUUAGAGUCUGAAGGUCUGAGGGAUGUUAGGCUUGAAGCGUAUCGCUACACACGACUCGGGGAAGAAAUUACUCUCCGGUGCAGCUAUGAUUUAGAGGCAGGAACAUUAUAUGCGGUCAAGUGGUAUCGUGGGGUUGAAGAGUUUUACAGAUUUAUACCCAAAGAGCUAAGACCGAAACAAGUGUUUCCCGGAACUGGAAUAUCCGUUGAUUAUUUUCGAUCUGAUGACCAUCACGUUUUAUUGAGAAAUGCAUCAUUUGAAACGAGUGGAAAGUACAAAUGUAGCGUAUCAAUUGAAGGGAAUUUCCAAACUAUAUCCGACUCUAAGGAAAUCACAGUUGUCGUAAUUGGUUACGACGCUCCAUCACUAGUUCUACGUGAUUUACAUUACGAGCCCGGAAGCCCUGGGGAAGCAACGUGCCGAAUGCAUCGAACAUCACCACCUGUCAAUAUGACCUGGUUCAUCAAUAACGAAGAGGUGACGAAGAGAGUAAUUACUCGGACCGAACCUGACGAGGAAGAUGACAGAAUAUCUUCGACCAUUUCUGUGAUUUACUUUACGCUCCCCACGAGCUCCUACGGCCCCACCUUCAUCAAGUGUCGUGCCACACUUUACGACAUUUAUGCGGAUGCUUCCAUAACCAGAAUCCAACCACGAAUUCCGAGCAGUAACAGUAACUCGAGGAAGGUGCUCGAAGUUCCGAAUUCUCUGCAGCACUCAUCAGCCCAAAUAGUCGGAUUUCAUAUCUCAACUCCAGUCCUGCUUAUGCUGACUCAAUCAGUGCUCAAAUGCACGUUGGAGCAAGUCUAAUGAGCACUUAUGUAGGUAAAUCGAAUCAUGUUUAACCCAGACACAUCUAUCUACUCAAAAGAAUGCUUUUAUAUCACACCCGAACAAUUUUGUUUGAAUGGAAAUUAUACCGGUGUCCUGAACUUGCGAUAAGCUUAACAGCCAUGCUUAAUUGAAACUACAAAUUUCCUCCUCUAAUUAAUAUUGCAAAACAUCAAAUCAGUACUUAUACUACACUUAUAAUAAUAAUAUAAAAGCUUACAAAUUGCAGAAUAAUAAAAUCAACCAUUUGUUUAAA